GAUUAAACAGGCCCUAUGAAGAUUAGCGAGGGAAGGAGUGUGGUGGGCCCCACCAAGCAGGAGAGGGGGGUGUGGGGCCCACCAUGCAGGGCCACUCACUCCACCACCACAAUAAGAGAAGACGAAUUGACAAUUCCACCGCCGCCCGCACUUUGCUUUGCUUCCGGUCUCCGGUCUCCUCCUCCAAACUCCGGUCGGUCUCCGGCGCGGCGCAGCCGAGCCCCCACCAUACGACGCGGGGAGGCAGACGACGGGGCGCCGCUGCUGCUGCCCGGGGAGCCACCGCCGGUCGCCGCCGCAGCAGCAGCAGCAGCGUGUUCAGAGGAGAAGGGGGCAGCAGGUACCUUGGGGCUCUGCCGCAUGCCGCUGUGGGGGACAGGCUCGUCCGCGGCGUCCGCGGCGGCGGAGGGCAGCGCGGCCGGAGGGGAUGGGGCGGCCCGCUCGUCGUCCGGCGGCGCCGCGGUGAUCCGGUCGCUGCUCCCCACCCGCCGCCGCCUCCGCCUCGACCCGCCAUCCAAGCUCUUCUUCCCUUAUGAGCCUGGGAAGCAAGUCCGGAGUGCUGUCAAGAUCAAGAACAUCAGCAAGUCUCAUGUAGCAUUUAAGUUCCAAACAACAGCACCGAAGAGUUGCUUCAUGAGGCCUCCAGGUGGUAUACUUGCUCCAGGAGAGAGCAUCAUAGCUACAGUGUUCAAGUUUGUGGAGCAUCCUGAGAAUAAUGAGAAGCCAUUAGAUCAGAAGUGCAAGGUUAAGUUCAAGAUUGUCAGUCUGAAGGUCAAAGGACCUAUGGAGUAUGUCCCAGAACUGUUUGAUGAGCAGAAAAACCAGGUAGCAGUUGAGCAAAUUCUGCGUGUUGUAUUCUUGGACGCUGAGCGUCAAACCCCACAAAUGGACAAGCUCAAGCGCCAGCUUGCUGAAGCAGAGGCAGCACUUGAAGCACGCAAGAAACCUCCAGAGGACACCGGCCCCCGCAUUGUUGGUGAAGGCCUUGUAAUUGAUGAAUGGAAGGAGCGAAGAGAGAGAUACCUUGCUCGUCAGCAGAUUGAAGGGGUUGAUUCAGCGUAGACACGGCACCAUGAACUGUAAACCAUUGGUUGCUUGAACAUAUCGUUUUAUCGUCGCCACACAUCCUUCUGUCCAUGGUUUUUUCAGUUUUUACAAAGGUUCUGCUUGGAACAAGAGUGAGGCUUUGUGUAAUUAGGAUUUGAGCUUCAUGCUGCACUUCAUUCCUGGGUCUACAUGUAGAUAGCCAGUCACUGCUUGAUAAUAAUAUUUUCUAUGCUAGAUCAUGUACUUGGGGUUGUGGACUUAGACGUGUGGAUGCGAUACAUUUCUUAGGUGAUGUUCCCAUCAAUAUUGAAUGUAAUGUUGUCUGAACGUGCUCUUCAAAGUGAUAAAAUGAAAGCUCUCCUAUCAUGUUACUCUAUUUCUUA